AUGACCGGUAUUAACCCUGAGAUUAUUGUCCACAGGUUACAGGUAGACCCAAAUUACCCACCCAAGAGACAAAAGAGAAGAAAGUUUGCCCCUGAGAGAAACCAAGCAAUAAAUGAAGAAGUCCAGAAGUUAAUCGAGAACGGGUUUAUAAAAGAAGUCCAGUACCCAGACUGGCUGGCAAACGUAGUGAUUGUGAAAAAGAAAAAUGGCAAGUUCUUAGGCUACUUGGUGACACAACGAGGGAUCGAAGCCAACCCAGCUCAGAUUGAUUCAAUCCUAAGGAUCCCCUCACCAACAUGCAUCAAAGAUGUCCAAAAACUAACAGGCCGAAUCACUGCGCUAGGCCGAUUCAUCUCAAAGUCUUCCGAGCGAUGCCACUCUUUCUUCAACACACUUAGAAAAUCAAAGACAUUCGAAUGGACAGCCGAGUGUGAAGAAGCGUUGGAAAAAUUAAAGCAAUACCUGACUAGCCCUCCACUAUUAUCAAAGCCAAAAGAUAACGAAAACCUCUUUGUGUACCUAGGCGUCUACGAGGCGGCGAUCGGCGCGAUCUUAGUACGAUCGAAUUUGGAGAAGUUAGCAUUGGCACUCAUUCACGCAGCCAGAAAGUUGCGUCCAUACUUCCAAUGCCACCCAAUCACAGUACUCACCACCUUUCCCCUCAAGACCAUACUACAUAAACCAGAGUUGUCUGGAAGAUUGACCAAGUGGGCAGUGGAGCUCAGCGAAUAUGACAUCUCCUACAAGCCACGAACCGCAUUAAAAUCUCAGGUAUUAGCUGAUUUCAUUGCAGACUUUACACCUAACUCUCAAGUGCAAGCGGAAAAAGAACUUUGCCACCUUACAGAGGGACAGGCAAAUGGCACAUGGGAAUUACAUGUAGACGGUUCAAGCAAUGUAAGAGGAAGCGGAUUAGGACUUGUUCUAACCUCACCCCAAGGCGAGAAGAUCGAGCAAGCAAUCAGAUGUGGGUAUAAAGCUACAAACAAUGAGGCAGGGUAUGAGGCUAUGAUUGCUGGAGUCGGACUGGCCAAAGAAAUGGGAGCCAAAAGAAUCAACGUCUUUAGCGAUUCACAACUUGUAGUCAACCAAAUGCAAGAGUUGCAAUCGACCUUCGACGAGUUCACGAUCGAUCGGGUGCCUAGGGAAAAUAAUAGUCACGCGUACGCCUUAGCCAACCUUGGGUCUUCCAUCCGUACAACCAGCCCCGAAACAGUCCCAAUGGUGUACCUCCAAUGGCCUGCUGUCUGGAAGAAAGAAGAAGAAGAAGAAGUAAAUGACGUCGCCAACGAAAAGACAUGGAUGACGCCCAUCAUCGAGUACUUAGAAAAAGAUGUGCUACCAGAAGAUAAGAAUGAAGCCCGAAGAGUCAAGGCUCAGGCAGCCAGAUUCUCAAUAAUACGAGGUAAGCUCUAUAAACGAUCCUAUUCUGGUCCAUAUUUGAGAUGUGUUAACCUGCGUAAGCAAAAUAUAUACUAG